CACGUGAACCUCUUCACUGCCUUAUGUUUCACAGAGAGCGAAAGAGAGACCCUGCAGUGCAAAGCGAGAACAAGGGCAGCAAUCCUUGCAGCUACUCGGAAAGAGGGAGGGAGGGAGAGAGGGAGACUCACCGGCUCCCACCCCACCCCCCUGCGCCGCAUCAGCCCUGAGGGGAUCCCUCCCCCUCUUCUCCGACACGCGAGCACCACCGUAAGCGCCCAGUGCAGCCGCCUGCCGCCGAGAAGACUCGCUCCUGGCUGGAUCCUUCUCUCCGCCACCGCCCCCACCAGUCAUCCCGCCGCGCACCCAGCGCCUGCCCGUCCGCCAGGACAGCCGAGUGUUUCCAGAAGCCGCCCGGCUCGGGAAGAAGGAAAGUGGAAGAGUUCGGGACUCUCCCGCGUCCGCGCACCCCUUUCUUUCCUUCCCCAACACCACCACCCCCUCCGUCGUCCCGCUGCUGCUUCGGGAGGAAAGCGAUGCUGAAAGGGGAGAAAGAAGGAAAGCAGCGGCAGAAAGACCGGGAGCUUUGGCAUAAAUAAACAAGAAUAGUAAUAGAAGGAUCGCCGGCUGCGUGGAGGGGGGGCAACCCCAUCACGCCCUGCAGCGCUUCUCCGGAGACAGAAGAAGGAGCGCAGAAAUAAGAACGGAGAGUUUGGCGCAGGUCGGUGGUCCCCGCUCCGGGGGCGCCUCUCCCACAGCAUCCCGCCGCCGGUCUCCGCCUUUCCCCGCGGGAGGUCGGUCAGUGGCCUCUUCUCCUCCUCCUCUCCGCGCAGGAGCCAGGCGGGAAGAAGCGGGGCCUCGCCGCCUCCGAGGCAGCCGGGCGACCGUCCUGCGAUCUCCCCCAAGGUGUCGGCGCCAAGGCGGGCGGUCCCGUCGGCUCCUCCGCUCCAGGUGCGCAGCGCCGAGCUCCCGUGUGCCAGGAAGCCCGGCGUCCCUCCGUGCGCCCUGCCGCCCGCUCCAUGGCGAGGGAAGCGCAGGCUGAAUCUCUCCGCAGGAGGAGGAGGAGGCGCCGGCAAGAGCAGCCUCGGCGGCGGCUCCGCGAUGCCCCGCUGCCGCUGCCACUGCUGUGAGGGCUGCAGCGGCGGCGGCGGCGGGGGCUCCCCGGGCGCCGAGGCGGAGGGCGGCCGCGGCCGGGGCGCCAGCAUGAAGUCGCUGCUGCUGAGCCGCUUCUUGGUGCUGCUGCCCUGGAUGCUGUUGGUGAUCGUCAUGCUGGACACGGGCGGCAGCCACCGGGCGCCCCGUCCGCCGCCCGCCUCCUCGCGGCAGCCCCUGUCCCAGCCGCAGCAUCCGGGGGCGCCGCGGCGCCGGGAGGCCGAGCUGCCCGUCAUCUACACCAUCACGCCGACCUACAGCCGCCCGGUGCAGAAAGCCGAGCUGACGCGCCUGGCCAACACGUUCCGCCAGGUGGCGCGCCUGCACUGGGUCCUGGUGGAAGACUCCGCCGUGGGCACCGAGCUGGUCAGCCGCUUCGUGGCGGGGCUCCUGCGCAGCGGGGGCCCGCCCUGCACCCACCUGCACGCCCUCACGCCCAGGAGGUUCAAGCGGCCCGGGCAACCCCGAGCCACCGAGCAGCGCAACGCCGGCCUGGCUUGGGUCCGCCAGAGGCACCAGCGCCUGCCUGCCCCGCAGCCGGGCGUCGUGUUCUUCGCCGACGACGACAACACCUACAGUCUGGAGCUCUUCCAGGAGAUGCGCACAACCCACAAAGUGUCUGUAUGGCCUGUGGGUCUGGCGGGUGGACGACGCUAUGAGCGCCCAGUUGUGGAAAAGGGCAAGGUUGUUGGAUGGUACACUGGCUGGCGGGCAGGUAGACCUUUUCCCAUUGAUAUGGCCGGGUUUGCUGUGAGCCUUCAGGUGAUCUUAUCCAACCCUAAAGCGAUAUUCAGACGCCAUGGAUCCCAACCAGGAAUGCAGGAAUCUGAUUUUCUCAGACAGAUCACCACAGUAGAAGAGCUGGAACCAAAAGCCAACAACUGCACAAAGGUUCUUGUAUGGCACACGAGAACUGAAAAGGUAAAUCUAUCUAAUGAGCCAAAGUAUCACCUGGACAGUGUCAAAAUUGAAGUAUGAUACGUAAGCAUAAAAUGGGACAUAACAAAAUUAAUGGUUGCAUCCUUGAAACAGCUAAACAUUCAAACAGCAGUUUGCUUUGUGCAACAACUUGCUUUACCAGUAUCAGUUAAGACUCAUCAGAUGGCUGUGAUUUGUCUUCACUUGUUUUGCAUGUGUUUGGAUUUUUUUUUUUAAACUCUGUUUUAGUACUUUAUCCAGAUCUUAGAUUGUUCUUACACAAGACGUUCAAUGAAAUGCAGCGGAACACUAAAAGAGUGACUGAUCUAAACAAAUGCAAGAUUUCCAAUUCAUUUAUAAAUAGCAGCUUCCAGAUUAUUAUGUUCAAAGUUUAUUGUUCCUGAAUUAAACAGCUUUGCUUUUGAAGAACAGUAGAUAAAAGAGGUCUUUAUAGAA